AUUUCCAAGUCCCAACCGUUGAUGAAUCUCCGGCGUUUCUCCGGGAGAUUUCUGCCGGCGUUUUUCACUUCGUACAAAAUUCGAUUCGAAGCUACACGACGGAGUUUCCGAUCGGACGCGGCGCUCGAAGCCAUAGCCAGAGCGUUGGAAGAGAAAGUACCAAACUUAGUGUUGUACAAUUAUCCUUCCUUCUCCGGCGCUUUUUCGGCUCUCUUCGCUCAUCUCUAUCACUCUCGCCUCCGUCUUCCAUAUCUCAUCUUGCCCUUCUCUUCCGUCGUACCCUUUAGAGUUGAAGAUCUGUGCUUGGAGGGGUUCAAGAGGUGUUAUCUGCUCGACUUUGUUGUUCCAAAAGACUUUGAUGCUACGAUUUUCCGGAAAACAGAUUGCGAGAUCAUAUGUUUUGAUCACCGAAAGUCAGCAGUUUCAAAGACUGGCUCAAUGAAGAAGGAUGAGAAGAGGUUUAAGAUUAAUGUUGAUGUUGAAAAAAGUAGCUCAAAGGCUGUGUAUACAUACUUCUCCAGUAAACUUACAGAUCAACCAUCUUCCGAGGGGGAAUCUCUCAGUUUGCUAACCGUUGAAGACCAAAAUCGGAUUGAAUCAGUUCUUGAUUACAUUGAAGAUAUCGAUCUUCGACGAUGGAGAUUACCAGAUAUCAAAGCUUUCAGCUUCGGGCUAAAAGAUUGGCGUUCAAGGAUCAAUUGUAUCACUAAUCCUUACAUGUACGAACAGUUGUUAAGAAUAAGUUCGGCAGAUCUCAUUGCUUACGGGAAUUCAUAUUUUUCAACUCGGCUUAUUGAUGCAAAGAAACUGCUGAAGCUGAAUAAAGCUUUCAAGAUCAGAUUGGGAAGAGGGUUUUAUGGAGAAUGUCUGGGAAUGCGCGCAGAUGGUAACCAUCAACUAAGCGAUGAACUAGGCAAGCUACUUAGUCUACAAAGUGCUGCAGCUGGUUUGAGGCCAAUAGGAGCUGUUACAUUCAUGCAACGGAAUAAUCUCAAAAUGUGCUUGAGAAGUACCGACGAUAUAACCGACACAUCUGAAGUUGCUAAGGCUUAUGGAGGAGGUGGAACUUCUAGUUCAAGCUCCUUCAUCAUAAGAAUGGAUGAAUAUAAUCAAUGGAUUGCGAAGAAUCCAACAUGAGAACACUCCUCAGCAACCUUAAAGCUCAUUUGUCUGAAAACUGUGGCAUUGUGGAAGACAUUAAUCAAGACUCUAAAGUCAAUAUGCAGUGACAAGUUUUGGUGGUGGAUCACAAAGGGCUGAUAAAGGGAAAAGAACUUUGAGUCGGUUUUGUUCGCGGUAAAGGUAGCCUAAACCGGCUUUGCAUUUCGGUUUAAUUUUUGGUAUGAUUACGGUUUUGUUUUCUUUGUUGGGCGGUGUGAUUGAACGGCCCAUGACAAAAUAUCUGAAGAACUAUAAAUGUA